AUGCUUCAAACGAAAACUUCUAAUGGCUCUCAUGAAAGUUUCUCCAAAAAUAGAAAUUCUGCAAGAUGCAACGUUAAGAAGUGCAAAGCAUUUCUACCUAGAUGGCUAGAAGAGAAGGAAAAACUUAUUAAAAGAAGAUUAAGCUUAGAAGUUUGUCGUCCACGUUCAACAAACAAAAGUUAUGCAAACAAUGAGAAUUUCGCCUUUAAAAUGAACUCUUCGAUUACAUUUGUUAUUAAAGGCUUUUCCACUACACAUGCAGAAGCACUUUAG